AUGAAGCUCCCAGUCUUCUCGAUGACAAAGAAGGAAGAGGACCCUCAAGAUUUCAUUGAUGGUCUUCAGAAGAUUUAUAGAAUGAUGACUGUGACGGAGACAGAAGCAGCUACAUUUGGAGCUCACCAGCUGCAAGGAGUCCGAGAAGCCAGAGCUGAGCAGUUCUUGAAACCCAAACAGAAUGGGAGGACUGUUCAGGAUUACUACUUGGAGUUUAUGAGUCUGGAAAAAUAUGCUACUAAGCUUGUUCCUAACAUGAAGGCCAGAAUAUUGGCAUUUGUGCAAGGAAAUGAAACAAGGCUCAAGGAGGAGGAAGUUGUGCACAAAAACAAAGACAAAGAGUUUAACAAGAGGGCUAAGUCAACUGGGCAAUUCAGCGGGAAUAGUGGAAAGAAAAGAAAAUUCUUCAAUAACAGGUCAUCCGGACCUAUUCCUUCAUCAGCCAGUGCUCCAGCUCCUAAGUUCGGAGAGGAGAAAAGAGGAAUCUUUCGAGUGUCAGGCUCACAAUCUAAAGGAAGUUCGAGCAGUCACAGCUUCCACCCAGUUUGUAAUACUUGUGGGAAGAGACAUUCAGGGACAUGCCGUUCAGGCAUGGAUGAUUGCUUUGGAUGUGGCCAGUCAGGAUCCACCCUUUCUUAUGUAACCUCUUUUAUUGCUAAAAAGUUUGGAGUCAAACUAGAACCAUUGUCCAAACCUUUUGAAGUGUCUAACAAUGUUGGUGAGGCAAUGCUAGCCAGAUAUGUGUAUAGGGGUUGUCCAGUGAGAGUGUACCAUAAGUUGACAAUAGCAGACCUUCACGAGUUAGAAAUGGUAGACUUUGAUGUGAUCAUGGGGAUGGAUUGGCUAUAUUCUUGUUAUGCAUCAGUUUGUUGUCGGACCAAAGCAGUCAAAUUUAAAUUCCCAAAUGAGCCAGCCUUAGUUUGGUCCAGUGAUUCAGUAGCACCCAGAGGGGACCUUCCAGGGAUCCCUCCUAAUAGGGAAAUAGAGUUUGGAAUUGAUCUACUCCCUGGAACUAAGCCUAUCUCUAUUCCGCCAUAUAGAAUGGCUCCAGUAGAACUCAAAGAACUUAAGGCUCAGUUGAAAGACCUCCUAGAUGAGGGAUUCAUCCGCCCCACAGAAACCGAUGAAGUUAUUGGACUUCCCCUCUCAGAUCCUUCCUUCUAUAGUUUCCACAUUAUCAGUAUUCAGCCAUGUGCACAUGUCUCAGCAAUCCCUUCUAAUCAAAAUCCAUCAUUCGAGGAUGAAUGA